AUGAUAGAAGGCAAUGACACUCCAAGCCCAGACCUUUGUAAUGGGCAUCCCGCGGCAAACCUUGUAUACACUAUCAGAGCUCAUGCCCGCUCGUUCCCAGACGAACAAAACCAAGCACCUAUGAUCAAUAAGAGUCAGACACUUGUGCAGUGCUCGUCAUCUAUUGAACUGUUCUUCAUUUAUAGACUGCGCAACUCUCAGCUAGCUGAAUUGAACAGCACAGAUGUAAUGUGGCAGAUCUCCUUGUACACGAGCUCAACUUUGGAACAAAAAUGUCAACGAUACACCGCCUCUAAAGUGGUACAGACACAAGUUCUGGACAUCUGCAUCCUUCGUUCCGAGUCACCCCUUCUUUCAUCUCCUAGACGGACAACAUCUACCCCAAUCAUUUGCCGCAUCCUCAAUGAUUGGGGAUGGAAAAGCUCCCCAGAAAGGCCACAGACAACCCAAACGCGAACAAGACGUACCACCAUAUCACCUUGUCCACCCAAGCCGCAUUCUGCAUUGCCAGCCGCUGUUAGUAGCCAAAGAGAUACACUUUAUCAACGCCGCGCACCUCUUGAGCAAGGGUUAUGCGACAGCCAUUGCACUCAUCACCCCAUGUGCCGAGAAUCUCCUUGGGGUUCUUCAUGUCAUACUCAUAUAGCUUACCCUUGUGGCCGAGGUAACAGGGCCAGCCCAGAAAGACUCACUACCAGCGUGCGCAAUCGUACGGGUGGUAGCCGAGUGGGAAGUUGA